UCGACCCGGAACUCCUCCUCCUCCGGACUAGGCGAAGGAAAUCGGCGGUUGCUGUAGGGGCAUCCCCGAGACGGCCAUGUAUCGGCAGAGAUUUCGGUCUCCCACCCCGCCGUCUUCGAGUGUCUCCGGGUUUCUGAGCCCUGCCUCGGAAGGAGCCUCUCCACAGGGUUACCGAAGCCCUCGCCACAUGUCGCCUUAUGGAUCCCGCUCGCGGCCGUACGACAUUACUCCUCGCUCUCCCCGCUUCCAAAUGUGCGGGGAUAGUGGAAGCUGGUUUGGAGGCUCGGCGGCGGCGCUCACACCACAUAGGCCCCACAAUGCCAAUCCCAGGCAUCUGGGCUACAAUGGCGGCAGGUCCCCCGGAGAAGCAUUUUACCAGCAGCAGCCCUUCAAGCAGCCGCCUUCGGGAGGUUACCAGAGAUACAAUCAGGGAUCACCCCGAAUAUCGACUCCAUUUGGUACACCACAUGGAAAAGAGAAAACACUGUCCAAUGAUGAUGUGGAGAAUUAUUAUAAACCUUCAAUGCUUGAAGACCCAUGGGCAGGCCUAGAACCGGUGUCUGUUACUGAUGUUAACCAACAAUUCAGCCUUCAACAAACAACACAUUGUGGUAGAAAAGGCAGAUAUUUCAGCUAAAGAACUCUAUCUAUCUUAGAAUCUAUCUGCUGCCAUUCUUUCAACCAUAUUGAUAAGGAAUGAUAAAUUCAUAAUUCACUGCAAGCCUAAAGAUGUUUUAAUGUGGAGGCAGGGGAUAAUAUAUUGAUAAUCUACAGAUUGUUUUUCAACCUUCAACAUAAAUUUCAUUUUCCACCUACUGGGGGAGGAGGUAUUGUUGUUCAAACACAAUACAUCUUUCAAUCAAUCCAGUGGUCACUACUAAUCAAGAAUGAGCUAGGCACAAAUUUAUCCAAGCUUCUUGUCCACAUAUUAAUAGGAUACAGAUCAAAAUUGAUAGAAUAUACAAUAAGCCAUUGUCCCACUAUCAUUCUUAGCAUUACUAAUGAAAGUUAUGUGACUUUAACAAUGAAUAUAAGCAAGAUUAUCUGAAAAGAAUCCAUAAAGCUUUCAGAGUUCACUUGCUGAAAGCACUAGAUGAUCUUCCAGAGCCUAAUCAGUGCCCCGAUUCAAUCCAGAAUGAGUUUCUUAAGCAGUGAAUACAUAAAGGAGAAAGUGAAGAAAAACAAAAAUAGGCUUUCUAAUGAAUUCUAAACUAUACUUAGGCAUAUUUUGUUUUUCCUACAUGCUUCAUCUUCUGCAGAUCUCUGAUAAAUAAGGAAAUUGGUUUUGUAUGGAAGUCUUAAUAAUUCAAGGUCUAGCCAACAAUCAGUAAUUGAUGAUGUAACCAGUUAUCAAGGCAUGGCUUGAAGGAUUAGAGUCAUCAGUAAAUAUUGCUCCAAGAGAGAUAAAGAGAAUGCCAAGCUCUUUAGAAUUUUAAUCCGGCUCAGCUUCUUUGCAGGCAUGGGCUGGUCAACUAUUGUAACUUGACCAAGCAGUCAUACAUUGACAAAACACUAAAUUCUAGCUCCUGUAACCACUGAACAUUUUUACUACAAAAAACAGGUCUACAAUGUAUCCUAGUAAAAACAGAUUUUGUGAGACAGACAUAAUGGUCAGAACAGACCAGUUUCAGCAUAAAUGACAAGAUUUGGAGGUGUCCACACCACUUUCAAAACCAAUUUUACCAGCUCAAGCAGAGGUACUUUUUAGACAUGAGACUCCUGGUAUAACAGCAAAUAUCCCAACCUGUUUGAUCCUCUAAGUCAGGGGUGUCAAACUCAUGGCGUCAUAUGACAUAUCACAACUUCUUUCCUUCACUGAACAGGGUGAGCGUGACCAGCAAAUGAGGCAUCCAGCCUGUGAGCUUGCAAGUUUGAUACCCCUGCUCCAAGUCCUAAUAAGUCUUAUUAAGUCUUCGUUUUCCCCACACAGAAAUUUAGUAGGACAGUCUUAAUUCAGAUGACUCCACUCAGGUGACUCCACUCAAUUCCUUCAUUCAGGUCUCAGUCACAACACCUCAAUUCAUUGCUGGAUCAAGUAACUUGAUUUCAGUUAGCAGCAGCAAACAUUGACCAGGAAAAAAGAACGUUUGUUAAUUGACCUCCUCCCCCCUUGGCUGAUGACUCAUCAUCAGACCUAUUGAACUUUCCUAUACUGUACUAUAGGAGCCGUCAAUUUUUUAUAAAUUAAAAAACCAGAUAAACUUUUUAAUCUUUACCAUCAUCUCAACAAUCAAACACACCUAACUGCCCAACCUCAUCUACAGUCAGUCAAUUUUAAUCAAUUAUAGCUCUGUGAUAACUUCUACCAAAUAAAGAUAAUCACAAAACAAGAAUCCAUGUUCACAUUUCUCGUCUUCAGUUGUUACAAUGAUAAGCAUUGUGGAUGGUUCUCAGACAUUUUGGCAUCUAGACCCUUUUUCAUUCUUAAAAAUAUUUUGAUACUUAUGCUAUAAGAAAUUAAAAUUAGAAAUGUUAAAAUAUUUAUUUGGCUUUAUGGACUUCUUGAAAGGUUAUUGGGGAUCUCCAGGGAUCCCAAAGCACACUUUGAAAACUGUUCUAGUUCUUAACCACAAUGUCCUACACAAUUUCAAACAUCAAGUCUUCCAGUUUUAAAAAUAUAUUACUUAGAAAUAUUUUACUGUUUAUGCUAAAACCUACUAUGAAAUUUAUAUAAAAUGCCAUGAAGACUUUAGGGAAAUAUUUUAGUGCAGUGACACUGUAUUGUUGAACAAUUUUAAUAGUGCAAGUGUAUUUUCAGAAUAUGAUCCAUAACAAUAUUGAAAAUAUUGCUAACUUUAUAGUAAAAUACAUUUAGAUAAAAUACUUAAGUUGAAAUUGGGUAGAAAAAAUCAUAAGUUUAAAAGUGAAAUAAAUUACAUAAAUCUUAUACCUAU